AGUGCUUGUGUGUGUGUGUGAGAGAGUAAAAGAGUGUGUAAGCUUGUGUGAGUGUGUGUCUCCAUUAGCUAGAUCGCCAUGGCGUUUACAUUCGCAGCCUUCUGCUACAUGCUGGCCUUGCUUCUCACAGCGGCUCUCAUAUUUUUCGCGAUAUGGCACAUAAUCGCAUUUGAUGAGCUGAAGACCGACUACAAGAAUCCUAUAGACCAGUGCAACACAUUAAACCCGUUGGUGUUGCCGGAGUAUCUGAUCCACGUGUUUUUCUGUGUGAUGUUCCUCUGCGCCGCUGAAUGGCUGACGCUCGGACUCAACAUGCCCCUGCUGGCCUACCACGUCUGGAGGUACAUGAGUCGUCCGGUGAUGAGUGGUCCUGGCCUGUAUGAUCCCACCACCAUAAUGAACGCUGAUAUUCUGGCAUACUGUCAGAAGGAAGGCUGGUGUAAACUCGCCUUUUACCUGCUCUCCUUCUUUUACUAUCUCUAUGGAAUGAUCUACGUGUUGGUCAGCUCUUAAACUGGACGCUGUUGGUUUGGAGAGACGUACAGGCUGGAUCGCGAGUUGCACCGGAAGAGCUGAAUCGGGACUGAAUUUGGCAACCUCUCCCAGUGCAGGGCGGUUCUGUUCCAAAUGGACAUCCUGCUCCUACACCCUCAACACCCAUGGGGGGCCAAACUGGACACAAGUGGCCAUUACUGCCCCCAAAUACAUAUAUACAGACGCAUUCAUAUAUAUACAUAUACACACAUACACACAGUGCGACAUGAACUAUUACAACACUAGUUCAAACCAACUCUCCACUUCUUAUUCAGUUUUUAUUUCUUUUGGUUGCGAUUUGAUAUUUCUAACUAAAAUAAAGGUUUUCGUGUUUUUUCUUUUUCUUUUCUUUUGUUUACUAAACAUUUUGUUUUCAUGCUGUUCGAUUGUCUGUUUAGCUCUGAAUCACUUGUUUCAUCAGGCGUUGGCUGUUCUGGUUUGUUUUUUUAUGUUGUGUGCCAACACGUUUGCAUUACUUAUCAGUUGGUAGAGUGCUUGGUCCCCUUGAUGUUGCCAUUUAUUGCUGGCGCUUCUAUCAUUUCAGGACAGACAAGAUUUUCGCUAGCGAUCAGUUUGCAGUGAUCUCUGCUUUUAAAAAUGGUUCAAUGGUUUAAAAUGUAUCAUUCUGCAUUUAAAGAGUUGCUGUGA